UCAGUGAUCAGACAAGAAAUUUUUAUUUAUUUUCUUUGAUGUCCAAUCGUUCAAUGGAAACUAGAUUUUGUGCAUUGUGAUGUGUAAAUAAUAGUGUUAUGUGUGGGAAAUGCUUAUGAGUUCAACUCAUAUCAAUAUAACGCUACAGCCAAUGCGUGGAAUACAGAAACCUUCUAAAUAACACAUAACAAGUGGAGAUGGAAGGCCAGGACCAGAUGGAGAUGAAGUUCAGCGGCAACAGUGAGGUCGGAGGCCUGGAGCUGUGUAUUGUCUGCGGAGACAGAGCAUCCGGGAGACAUUAUGGUGCUAUCAGUUGUGAAGGUUGCAAAGGCUUCUUCAAGCGGUCGAUCCGCAAGAAACUCGGUUACCAGUGCCGCGGCAGCAUGAACUGCGAGGUUACGAAGCACCAUCGUAACCGCUGCCAGUACUGUCGGCUACAGAAGUGUCUCGCGUGCGGCAUGAGGAGCGACUCGGUCCAGCACGAGAGGAAGCCGAUCGUGGACAAGUCGAAGGGAGAACAGCGGGAGUCGGGCAUGCAUGACCGACAGGCCGCCUACUCCAAGUUCCUGGGGCUGGCGGGGCAGGCGCAGGCUGGACAGAUCAAUCCUAAAGAAGAGCCGAGCGAUGCGUUCGGCGCGGUGUCCCCCGCGCCCGCGAUCAACUUCGCGCUCGCCGCCGCCGUCGCUUUCAACAAGGGCAACCCAGUAUCACCGUACCUGACCCCCGGCAACGCGGGCGACAUCGAGGGCGCUCGCAGACAGCAGCUUAUGCUUCAGACACAGCUCGCCAAGAACCUCUUCAAAAUGGGACAGUUUGGUGCAAUAAACGAGUAUCUGCAGUCGGCCUACGGCGCGACUCCCCCGGAGGUCCCACUCGCGGCGCUACACGCUGCCGCUGAAACACAACAAGCUGAGGGAUGCGGCGAAUCGAUCCUGAGCACGGCGGAGUCGCAGCAGCUGUGCGUGUCGCUACCGGGCGCCGCGCCCCCGCACCUGCGGCUGCACGCGGUGUGCGAGGCCGGGGCCCGCCUGCUGGCCGCCGCCGCGCGCUGGCUGCGGGCCGUGCCCGCGGCCGCCGCGCUGCCGUUCGAGAUCCAAGUGACGCUGCUGAAGAAGUGUUGGCCGGAGCUGUUCGUGCUGAGCCUGUCGAUGUUCUCGCAGCAGCUGUCGCUGAGCUCGCUGCUGCCGCAGAUGGUGAGCCACCUGCAGGCGGUGCUGCGGGAGCGGGCCAGCAACGACUGCGUCGACCGGUCUAAUGAUUUGGCUAUGCCCGAGAUAACGGCAGCGGAUUACAGUGACGAGCGUGUGUCCGAGGUGAGCAGCAGCCUGUCGCGGCUGCAGCAGUUCAUCGCCAGCAUGGAGCAGCUGCGCGUGCAGCAGCGGGAACACGCGCAUCUGCGGGCGCUGUGUCUGUUCUCACCAGAUGGCGUACCAGACUUCCUAACCCGCAAACUGCAGGACUACCAGAUCAAAGUCCUGCGGUCUCUCCGGGCCUCCUGCCAGCAGGACGAGGACCGCCUCGCGACGUUACUGCUGCAGCUGCCGGUGCUGAGAACCUUCUCCGGGCCCUUCCUCGAAGACGUGUUCUUCGUGGGAUUCGUGGGUGACGUCAGCAUUGAUGACGUCAUACCGUAUCUGUUGAAUGCUGAGCGCUAAAGUGUGUAGUGGGGUUGGAUGAUAUGUGGUACCUUGAAUGAUAAAAUUGGUGGAUGAUUUUCUCUAUUAUUCUACACUGUUUUUAUAAAUGAUGUCUGUUUGUAUUCUGCUAAACAGCUCCACCGAUUUCGAUAAGAAUUAUAACGAUCUAUUUUGAUGCAAGUUUGACAACCUAUGUCUCAGCUGAAACUGUGGGGAAAACUGAUACUAAAUACAUUAAGAACUCAAAGCAUUUUCCAAUAUUACAAUAGACAAUUACACCAUUCAACCUCCAAAUAAUUUAUCUCAGUUUUAAAUAACGUAGCAUUAUAUUGACUGUCACGGUAACGCAAUACGUCGCUUGCUAGCGAUCAUUCCUUCAUAGUUAUAAGUUUAAUGAAUAUUUUAUUUAUAUAAUGUAAGACGAUUAGUGGCUAAGAUAUCUAAGAAAUGAACUAUCAAUUCGAACUAUCACAGAAAAAAAAUGCCUUAUUAAAGUCAUUGCGUAGUCAACCUAAGAAAAAAGUAGGGUAUUUAAGCCCUAAUAUAGACGUGAAAUUAGACGGUAUUUUUUGUCCAUGUAUAACGUAUACCGCAAUAACCUUAUAUCUUUAUGUUGUGAACGAAAAAGUGAUCUAUCGAAAUACAAUAAACUUUGUAACACUCACUCAAUUCGGCGGCUGUCAUGUGUAGUUUAAUGUGCAGUGUCUAUAUUUUAAAUUAUGAAAGACACAUUAAAAAAACAACGAAUAUCGGUAAACCCAACUGUAUUGGAAUUUUAAACAGAAUCUAUGGUAUCUAAAUAUUUUUAUAGAUAUUUACUAAUUUAAAAUAUUAUAAGGACUUUAUAAAGUAAUAAUUAAUAGACG